GAGCGCGACGUAGGUGUGGCGAAAAUAUCGCGUCGACAAGGAGUUUGCCUCUAGUCGCGUUUCUAUUGGGGGCACCCCGCCUCCGCCCCGCCCUGUGGCCCUCCUUUUUCUUCUCUGCGGGGUAAUGGCUGCUCCCGAGACCCAUGGGGCUGUCGUCCGACUGAAGGAAGACAGUGAUGGGAGCUGCAGCACAGUCGGGGGUGUAGGUUAUGGGGACAGUAAGGAUUGUAUCCUGGAGCCACUUUCCCUGCCAGAAAGUUCAGGUGGCACCACCACUUUAGAAGGUUCUCCAUCUGUGACUUGUAUUUUCUGUGAAGAACAUUUUCCUGUGGCUGAACAAGACAAACUUCUGAAGCACAUGAUUAUUGAGCAUAAGAUUGUCAUAGCUGAUGUCAAGUUGGUUGCUGAUUUCCAAAGGUACAUUUUAUAUUGGAGGAAAAGGUUCACUGAACAGCCCAUCACAGAUUUUUGUAGUGUGAUAAGAAUUAAUUCCACUGCUCCAUUUGAAGAACAAGAAAAUUAUUUUUUGUUAUGUGACGUUUUACCAGAAGAUAGAAUUCUUCGAGAAGAGCUUCAGAAACAGAGACUGAAAGAAAUUCUGGAACAACAGCAGCAAGAACGAAAUGAUACCAAUUUUCAUGGCAUUUGUAUAUUUUGCAAUGAAGAAUUCCUUGGAAACAGAUCUGUUCUUUUGAACCACAUGGCCAGAGAACAUGCUUUCAACAUUGGAUUGCCUGACAACAUUGUAAACUGCAAUGAAUUUUUGUGUACAUUACAGAAAAAGCUUGACAAUUUGCAGUGCUUGUACUGUGAGAAGACCUUCAGGGACAAAAAUACACUUAAAGAUCACAUGAGGAAAAAACAACAUCGUAAGAUUAAUCCUAAGAACAGAGAAUAUGAUCGAUUUUAUGUAAUCAAUUAUUUGGAACUUGGAAAAUCAUGGGAAGAAGUUCAGUUGGAAGAUGAUCGGGAGUUGCUGGACCAUCAGGAAGAUGACUGGUCUGACUGGGAAGAACACCCUGCCUUUGCUGUCUGCUUAUUUUGUGAAAAGCAAGCAGAAACAAUUGAGAAAUUGUAUGUCCACAUGGAGGAUGCACACGAAUUUGAUCUUCUCAAAGUAAAGUCAGAACUUGGAUUAAAUUUCUAUCAACAAGUGAAACUGGUCAAUUUUAUUCGGAGGCAAGUUCACCAGUGCAGAUGUUAUGGCUGUCAUGUGAAGUUCAAAUCCAAAGCAGACUUAAGAACUCACAUGGAAGAAACUAAACACACUUCACUUCUCCCUGAUAGAAAGACGUGGGAUCAACUGGAGUAUUAUUUUCCAACCUAUGAAAAUGACACUCUCCUGUGUACACUGUCUGACAGUGAAAGUGACCUGACAGCUCAAGAACAAAAUGAAGAUGUUCCCAUCAUCAGUGAAGAUACAUCUAAACUGUAUGCUUUGAAACAAAGCAGUAUUUUGAACCAGUUGCUACUACAAGAGUGCUUGAAAAACUAGAAGAAACUACCACAGAAGCAAUUUUUCAUGUUUUUCUCCUAUGAGACAGACAUGAAAGAAAAAUUUAAAUUUGAACAUCAGCAAAGGAUUAGUCCUUCGUGAAAUAAACUUUUCAAAAAUGAAUGUUGUUUUCAAAAAAUAAAGUAGAAAAAUGCACUUACUAAGAACUACAUAAAAAAUGAAGUAGGAAAAUAAGAUGAAGACUUUGUAAUUUGGCUGUAAAGUUUUAUUGUGUGAUCAUCUUAAGUGAUCUCCUUUCAUUAAACUCAUAAUUAUCCAUAGAAGGAUAUGCCAAUUACAAAGAAAUGAAAUGUUCAGAUUAUUUAUAAACCUGAUUUUUUCAAUCAGUAGUUUCAGUCUCCUCCCCAAGGAUCUUAUUCAUCCAACAAGUUGCAAAAUUUGAAUAUCCUUUUUGUACUGUAUUGGGAGAGCUGUAAAUGUAGUGACCAACAGAAAAGCCAUAGAAGAAAGAAGAAAUGGUCAAAGACCUGGGUAAUAUGCAAAUUGGCCAUUAUAUUAGAACAAUCAAGAGCUGACUGUAUUAUCAUUACUGCUUUCUGCCUAGGGUUGCCAGACUCCCUAGAAAUAGACAUCAAGCCAGUUAAUUCACUUUUCCCUGAAAUGUGUGUAUCACUGACAGAUAAAUACUUUUUUGAAAACAUAACCACAAUACCAUUAUAACACCUAAAAAAAAUUAACAUUAACUUAAUAUUGUCUGUUUUCAGUUUUCCCCACUUGUUUCAAAAUGUAUGUUUACAAUAUUAUCCAUUUCAUUAUUGAUAAAUAUUGUGUGCCUCCUGAUAAGAUGCACUGAGGACAGCAGAACAUCACUUUUGUAGAUUUAUACCAAAAAUGCAUAUCUUGUAUAUAAUGAAGAAACAGUCAAAUCCAACUUUGAGGCUGGGCACGGUAGCUCAUACCUGUUAUCCCAGCACUUUUGGAAGCCAUGGCGGGCGGAUCACCUGAUGUCAGGAGUUUAAAAUCAGCCUGGCCAACAUGGCAAAACCCUGUCUCUACCAAAAAUACACAGAUUAGCCAAGCAUGGUGUCAUGCACCUAUAGUCCCAGCUACUCAGGAGGCUGAAACACGAAAAUCUCUUGAACCCAGGAGGCAAAGGUUGUGGUGAGCCUAGAUCAUGCCACUGCACUCCAGCCUGGGCAACAGAGCAAGACUCUGUCUCAAGAAAAGGAAAAAAAAAAUCCAAGUUUGAAGGACAUUCUACAAAAUAAUUGGCCUUUACUCUUCAAAAAUCUUAAGAUCAUAAAAAAACAAAGACUGAAAAACUAUUUCAGAUUAAAGGUGGCUAAAGAUAGCAUAGCAUGAUCCUGGAUUGGAUGCUGGACCAAGAAAAAAAAGUUUUUCCUUUGCUACAAAAGACAUUAGCAGGAUAGUUGGCAAAAUUAGAAUAAGAUCUGUAGUAAAUGUUAUGGUAUUCUUAAUUUCCAAAUUUUGAUAACUGUAGUGUGGUUAUGUAUGAGAAUGUCUGUUUUCAGGAAAUAUUUAUAUACACUGAAGUAUUUAGAGGUAAAGGAACAUUUUGUUUGCUAUUUACUCCAAAGAAACUAACAUGGAUAUAUAGAGAAUAGUAAAGUAAACAUGACACGAUGUUAACAUUUAGGGAAUCUAGGUAAAAAGUAUAUGGAGAUUCUUUGUACUAUGGCAACUUUUCUGAAAGUCUGAAAUUAUUUCAAAAUUAAAAGUUUUU